AUACCACACCCUAGACAAACCCCCCCUUUCCUCCACUCAAUUCCUUCUUUCUACCAAAGGCCCUAUAGUAAUCGUCGACGAUGGCUCUCACUUUCACUCCUCCGUCGACAGUCAUCAUAGUGGGCUGCGGAGUCUUUGGCUGUAGGCCCCACACUUUUCCCUCUAUUAACCCACCUCGCAGCUAAGCUUCGAACCUACCUUAGUGUCCACUGCUCGUACACUAUCAGACCGAUACCCCUCGACCAAAGUCCUUGUCAUAGAUAAGCAUGCGCUCCCAUGCCCCUACACAGCCUCAAUAGAUUCUUCUCGUAUUGUCCGCGCAGACUAUGCAGAUCCGGCCUACUCAUCCUUAGGCAGAGAAGCCCUCAAGCGAUGGGCUGGGCAUCCAGCAUUCCGCAAAACAGGAUUAGUCGUCACUGCAGAUGGUGAUAACAGGUACCUCAAGGACUCCUACAAAAACGUGAAAUCAGAGGGCGGGGUGGAAUAUCUCCCGACCGAGAAAGAAAUCAGAGGUCUCAUGGCAGGAGGCUGUAGCGGAGUGUCCGGGUACGUAAAUUGGAACAGCGGCUGGGUCGACGCAGAAGCCGCAAUGCGGAUAUUAUACUCGGAAGUUGAAUCUCGAGAAAACGUCCGGUUUUUAAUAGCGGAGGUGUCGGGACUCCUCUACUUAGGACGCAAAGUACUCGGCGUCAAACUCGUCGACGGGAAAGAGAUCACCGCUGGGCUUACUAUUCUCGCUGCUGGCGCAUGGACGCCUGGCCUUGUGGAAUUACAUGGCCGAGCGGUCCCGUCGGGGCAAGUCAUGGCCUAUCUAACCUUAUCUCAAGAAGAAGCAACCCGCUAUGCAAGCCUACCCGUACUCCUAAACCUCACGACGGGGACAUUCAUAAUCCACUCUCCAAACACCUCGCCCCCAACCUUAAAGCUCGCCCGGCACGCACAAGGAUACGCUUCCCCCACACCGGUAUUCCCAAAGGAGAUUCCACGGGAGGGCGAAGAUGCGCUGAGGGAUGCGGUUAAGCGGAUAGUACCUGAGUUCUCCGACAGACCAUUCGGGAAGAUUAGAGUAUGUUGGUACACGGACACCCCCGAUAGUGACUUUUUGGUGACUUGGCAUCCGGAUCACGAGGGGCUGUUCAUCGCUAGUGGGGGUAGCGGGCAUGCGUUCAAGUUUUUGCCGGUAUUGGGGGACGAAAUCGGGGAUGUACUUGCAGGGAAGGGGAGGUUCAGGAAGAAGUGGGGGUGGAAGGAACACGUUGAGGGAUUGGGCGAUGGGAGUAGGGGUGGUGGUGAUGGGGGACGAGUUCCUCUAGAGGAGUUAUUGCGAGAGGGAGGCAAAAGCAAGCUAUGACAGAGAGGGGAAAUGUGUGGAAACGGCAAUACAAUAAAUUGCUAUAACUACUGGCAAAAGGUGCCAGUCCACAUUUGAGAUAAAAUCCCACCUGAGUUUAUCCAUU